ACUGAGUUGUUAAUUGGUUGAGUUGACGGCCGGCCCGGCCGUUUUGCUGUUAUUGAUUUGAGUACCGUUCAGUCGUUCAGAGUGUCAUUUUAACUUAUAAUUAUUGUUUAUAAUGACGAAACAAAGCAAAUGACAAACUAGUUUAUAAACAGUGUCCAAGUCUUCAGUUAUAACUGCGACGUCAAUCAGUUAAGUUCAUUCGAAAAGUUCAACAUGAAAUUUUUCAUUUUAAUACUUUUCUUGGGGGUAGCCUGGGCAAGUUCUAAGCAAGAAAUUAAUGAGGAAGUACAGCCAGAGCAGGUGCACUUGUCUUUUGGAGAUGCUACCAACGAGAUAGUGGUGACUUGGUCGACGCUAGCAGAGGCCAAGUCAGUGGUGCUGUACGGCAUCCACGAGACGAACAAGAGAGCCACAGGAAGCAGCUCCGUCUUCGUGGACGGCGGCAAGGAGAGGAGGAAGCAGUGGAUACACAGGGUUAAGCUGAAGAACCUCGCACAUAAUACCAAGUAUGUGUACAAGGCGGGUUCGGACGCCGGUUACUCGCAACAGUUCUCGUUCCGGACGCCGCCGGCCGGGGAGAACUGGCCGAUGCGCAUCGCCAUCUACGGGGACAUGGGCGUCAACAACUCCAUGGCUCUGCCAUACCUCAAACGCGACGUGGAAGCCGGCAUGUAUGAUUUCAUACUGCACGUGGGGGACUUCGCGUACGACAUGAACGAACAGGGGGGCAGGGUGGGGGACCAGUUCAUGAACAAGAUCGAGCCGCUCGCCGCCAACCUGCCGUACAUGACGUGCCCGGGAAAUCAUGAGAGCGCGUACAACUUCACGCACUACUCUCACCGUUUCACGAUGCCCGGCGAUCGAUCAUCGCUCUUCUACAGUUUUGAUGUCGGCCCGGUCCAUUUCGUGUCGAUAUCCACUGAAGUGUAUUACUUUACUCAGUAUGGGCUCAAGCUGAUCAGCGACCAGUACCAUUGGUUGAAAAAAGAUCUUGAGAAGGCUGCUAAGAUCGAAAACAGACAGAAACGCCCCUGGAUCGUGGUGUUCGGCCACCGGCCGAUGUACUGCAGCAAUUCUGAUGACUACGAUUGCAGCGUGGAGUACACGCGAGUUGGACUCUACGGCUUCUUUGGCUUGGAGCCGUUACUAAAGGAUUACGGCGUGGACAUAGCUCUGUGGGCCCAUGAGCACUCGUACGAGCGUACCUGGCCACUUUAUGAUCAGAGGAUGUAUAAUGGAACAACCCACCCUUACACCAAUCCCGGAGCGCCUGUGCACAUCGUGACAGGUUCGGCUGGCUGCAGGGAAGGACGUGACCGAUUCAAACAUGAUCCACCCAAGUGGUCAGCAUUCCGCUCCCAGGAUUAUGGCUACACCAAGUUCUUCACACCCAACAAGACUCACAUUUACAUCGAACAGGUGUCUGCGGACUUGGACGGCCAGGUGAUCGACUCCUUCUGGCUGAUCAAGACGAAGCUGCGAUUCAACCUCUGACCCGGGGAGAAGGUAACUCUGUGCAGCGGCGAGGUCCCGACCAUAUCCUCGGUGCUGGAGCGCGGGCGGCGGCCGCGGGACACCAUGGGGGAGCUCGUUGUAGUCAUCGGAGAUUAAAUCAUAGCAAAUCUACAAGUUCUGUGUCGUAACAAUAUUAGUGGCUGAUAAUUUCAUCGGUUUCCCUUCUCCAAGUGCCAAAAAUGGAUAUUACUAGCCCCGUGCCUGGUGACAUUAUAAGAGCUUCGCGGUAUUCCACAAAACUGUACGGGCUGAUUGACUGAAAACUAAAUUUCAGCACGCUGGGCGCGUGCGUGGGUAAUUGCGUGUAUAAAAAGUUAAGGUUGAACACAUUUACGGAGCAGACCCAACAUAUUACGACCCCAAGUCAUUUGAAAACUUUUAGAGGCAUUUAUCUUAGGUCCCUCUCGGAAAUAUAUUUAGAUACGCCAAUAGACGUAAUACUUGCCACCCUAUUGUUACGCCACCGGACACAUUACCGGGGGGAAACACAUCAGAAGAAAACACGCCAGGAGUGAUUUUCAACACACAUCAGAUGAAAAUCUUAAAAUUUUAUGACUAACUCAAGAUCCAUCAAGAACUUCAACAUAAGAAUUAAUCUAUCACAACCAUGAAGCCAAGAGAAAGCACGAAUAUUUCAGGCAAUAGUGAACGUUGAAAAAAAAACAUAUCUCUUACAUUAUGAGCUUAACAUAAGCAGGGAUUGUGGAAAUUAAUGCCAAAGGAUUGGACCAAGGUCUUUCGUAUCCAGAUGGAUAUGUUUUGAGAUGAAAACAUCAUGACAAGGAUACUAAUUAUAAUACUUUCUUGAUAGAUUGUAACCAUGUUUAAUCGAUAGUUGUAGUAUUUAUCAAUAAUAUUGUCAUAGUUAUCGCUGCGUGCUCGCAACCACUCACUCGACGUGCGCAAGAGAUGGCCGAGCUCAUUCUGUCAAGCGCGAAAAGUUCUUGUUAUGGUAGAUAGUGUUGUUAUCGGUAUUAGAGUGUCUAAGGGCAGAUCUCUCGAGUUUUUCUAUUCCAAUGUCCUCGUCGAAUUCUGUCACUUGAAAAUCUUAUUUCAAUAAAACUAAGGCUUGUCUUUUAUUUGAAUUUUGUACAUCGUCAGGAUAUAUUCUCAGUAAAAUCGGACACCAUAACAAAUUUUUUCGUGCUUGGGGGACUGAUACACGCCUAACGUGUCAUCACAUAACGCGUGACGCAGCAGUGUUCUAAGCAUCAUCUUAUUCACAACAUUGUCAUCCCACAAUUGAGCAGCUGUAUAUAAACCCCAAUCAUUCAAAACGUCAGUUCUGUACGGUCACUGCUAAGUUUAGAGCCGCCAUCUUAAAUGGUUCGUACAUUAGCGGCUCAAUAGGGGAAUGAUAAAUGUUAUGAACAAGACGGAAAAUUUAUAAGGACAUAAUCCAUAUCCUAGUAAUUCUACCAAUACAAUACAUGCGAAAGUUUGUGUGGAUGUAUGUAUGUGUGUGUGUGUGUGUGUGUGUGUGUGUGUAUGUAUGUGUGUGUGUGUAUGUAUGUAUGUGUGUGUAUGUAUGUAUGUUUCUUCUAUACUCUUUCACGCAAAGUCUACCAAUGGAUUGUAAUGAGAUUUGGUAUCUACAACUGAAAUAACAUAGGGUGCCUUUUAUCCCGAAACUCCUACGAGAGCAAAGUCCCGGGGCGCAGCGAAUAUGAUAAAUGCGAAGCUCGUGAGGAUGAUGUUUGUUACUAUACUUUCACGCAAAAUUUAUUGGACGAAUUACUGUGAAAUUUGGUGCACAGGUAGAAUAUAACCUAACACCUGUGUUAAAUAAAUAAAUAUACCCUGGUAUAUUUAUCCCGAAAUUCCCACGAGAGUGAAGCCCCGGGGCGCAGCUAGUACUACAUAUUUGCAAUAAAUAUGGAGAUAACAUUUUUAGAAGUUAAUAUCCUUAUACUCAUUAUUCACCAUUUCGAUCUUGAUGUUAGUUUUAAUGUUAAGUGCGCAUAUCAGGCACUACUAUAUACUUACAAUGGUGGUACUACAUAUGUAAUCAAUAUUGACGAAAGGUCAACAUUUUGUCUCUCUUUUUGAAUCUCUGAAUGUUGUUCGAUAUAGUAAAUUAAAAUGAAAAAUAUUUAAAAAUUCAAA